CAGAAGCGUUCGCAGUGGUUCGUCCGUCUUCACCCCUCCACUCUUGAGCACUCCGUGUAAAUGGACGCACAGUGCACUCGGACAUGAUUCCUGGUUACCAUGGUUAGCUGCUACGCGAUUGGACCUCACCACAUGUGAAACUCCGUCCGUGUUCUUCGGCCCCGCAGCUUCUCAAUCAUGAGCGAGUCAGGCAAUGGACAACGAGUUCACGAUGGCACGACAACAACACAAGACGAACGAGGCGGACGACAAAACGGCAACCGCCAAUGCAUACACCCGUUCGGUUGAUAUUCAGGUCAGCCAAAGGUUUGUCGACAUCUUCCUUGAUCCCGCCACAAGCAAAACCACGCCGGCGUCCUGCCCAGCCCUGCCCAGCCCGACAUUCGGGCUUCGGCCGAUUUACCACGUGGAACUCGGUCCUUGGAUUACAAACCUCCCAGGAAGCGAACGAAUUGGCGGAAACAAGCAGGCAUCUAGGCACAAACUUCCUCGGAGACUUGCCAUCCACAUUCACUUCGGUAUCGAUACUUGCGAGAACAUCCUGACUGUCGAACAACCAGUUGCACCCGCUAAACCUUUUAGGAACCGUAUCCGUGACAGGUACUCCUUCUUCGGCCGAGCUGAACACGGAUGGAUGCCUGUGCAUACUCGCCAUCUUAUUGUUCACUGUUUCCCGGUCGUGGGCCAUCAAGGUGCACAUAUGUCAGCAUCGUCAGGGCGAGGUGGGCGUACAUGCGUCCUUGAACUCUAUGCAAACGCUUCUAGGGGUUCUGCGGUCACAGUGGACUUCUUGGGUUACGGAUGAAUGCGUUAUUGAGUCGCCGACCUUCGGGUACCAUGUCCCUGCAAGGCUAUCUCCGUUCAUCUUGAAGAUGGGAAUGAUCCUCUUGGCAAAACAUCCAAAAGACUUCCCAGCGUUUUGGUUUGGAGCCAC